CACACUUUUACCACAUGAUCGGUAUUUUGCUGCACAAAUUUCACGUUUUCAAAAUUACUUUUUUAAUUUAAUCUGAUUUCUUAUUAAAUGUUCAUUUUGUUGUUUAUAGAGGUUUAUUAAGACUUUGUUUACGUUUUUCAACAAUGGCUCAACAAAACAGUGCAAAAGUGAAUAGUCUCGAUGAAGUGACUUCCUCAUUGAUGAAUUCCAUCCGAGAAGCAGUGGCCGCUAGUAACUCCUUCAAUGUCGACGAUUUUGAUAUCAAUUCAACGUAUUCUUCCUUUAAGAAUCUCAUGGAAGCUGAAGAAAAAAACAUGAUUACUUUAAUAAGUUCAUUAGCUAAAAAAGCUCGUUUAGAUGACAGAAACGUAAGGAAAUCCAUUACGCCCGAAGAUAAAUUUGAUGCUCUCUGCGACUUGAAUGAUGUUAUCAUGGACAGAAUUAAUCAUAGUUUAGAUGAAGCUGAAGGGUUGAAGAAAAAAGAUCAAGAACUUAUUGUCGCAACUUUGAAUGUCAGUAAGAAUACAGCUGUAGCAAUAAGCCAACAGAGGACUCAAUGGAUGUCUAAUCAAGCUCAAGGUGUUAAGAGAAAACGAGACAUGGUUGUAAAUUUAUUAACUGCCAAGAAUAUUCAUCGUCCACAAGCGAAAUUUAAGGAUAAAAUUGACAACAAAAGCUGUCCUUUUGUUCCUUCUUUGAAAGAAAAACCCAACUCUAUUCGACCUUUAGCAAUUUACAUGGAAAAAGACGAAGAAGGAGAGGAACAUGCUUGCCACCCUUAUGAGACUGAAUUGGAAAAAUGGGAACCAACAUCUGAUAUGUUGAUUCCAAUUAGUGAACCUAUUCUUCCAGUUGAAUUAAAGGAGGAAAACUUUCAUUUCGUUGAUGAUUCCGUUAAGCUAAAAGAUUUAAUGCAAAUUUUGAAAAACGUUAAAGAGCUGGCAAUUGAUUUAGAGGCUCAUAGUUACAGAUCUUUCCAAGGAUUCACUUGCCUCAUUCAAAUUUCAACUCGAACAGAUGAUUAUAUAAUAGAUGCUUUAGAAUUGAGAAAUGAACUCAGCAUCUUGAAUGAAGUUUUUACGGAUCCAAAAAUCAUUAAGGUUUUCCAUGGAGCUGAUUCUGAUAUUCAGUGGCUUCAAAGAGACUUCUCAGUUUAUGUUGUUGGACUGUUUGAUACUGGACAAGCUGCAAAAGCUUUAAAUUUAAGCCACAACUCUUUAGCAUACUUAUUGAAACAUUAUUGCAAUUUAGAUGUUAAUAAAGUAUAUCAGCUAGCAGAUUGGAGGAUUCGCCCAAUACCACAAGACAUGUUAAACUAUGCGAGAGAAGACACUCAUUACUUGUUAUAUAUUUACGACACUAUGAGAAAAGAAUUGUUGGAUAAAGAUCCUUCUGGGAAAUUAAUUAAACAAGUUUUCGAUGCUAGUCGAGAAGUUUGUCUUAAGAAAUAUGAAAAACCUCUAUUCAAACCUGAGGGAUUCAAUAUGAUACUCAAACGUUCAACGGCAUCUCUAAAUCCUAGACAAUUAUAUGCACUCAAAGAAAUAUAUGCGUGGCGAGACAAACUUGCUAGAUUAGAAGACGAGAGUACAGGGUAUAUUCUUCCUAACCAUAUGAUGCUUCAAAUAUCUGACGUACUUCCUAGAGAGCAACAAGGAAUUUUGGCUUGCUGUAAUCCCAUUCCUCCGAUUGUCAAACAACAAUUAAACGAAUUGCAUCACAUCAUCUUGAAAGCUAGAGAUAUUCCUAUUGAGAAUAAAGUUUUUUCAACCCCAGUUCCGUUCCAGCGAAUAAUUUCAACCCGAUGUCUUGAUUAUGAUAGUUUAAUUCAUCCUCGACAUGAUCUUAUUUACACGAGUGACUCUCAAAGCUUAAAUACUCUACUCAAAGAUGGAAAAGGUGAUGAUAUUGAUUACUCUGAGAUAUCUGCUAAACUCUCGUCAAAAUCUACCGAAAAUUUAUCUUCUCCUCUUUUAGACUUUUUCCAGAGUUCAACCACGAUAAAAAGACCUGAACUUGUUAAAAAAGUAUCUUCUAAUUUCAUUUCUCCUUAUCAAAGAUAUGUAAAUUACAUUUCAUCAACUAGAUCCAAAAAUUAAAUUAUUAAAAAUAUUUCUAGAAUGA